ACUGCUAUCAGCUGUUUUAAAAUUUGUAUCGCCAAAACAUUGAUAUCUUGUUUCAAAAACAAGUGUUAGCAUAAAAAAGCAAAUAUUUCGUGCCGCAAUCUAUGAGCCUGCUGAGCUGGCAACGCAUAGCUUCCCCGAGGGCCCUUUGCCGGCUUCUACCGCCCUUGACCACACAUAGAACCAAGCUCAAACCAAGGGCAUUUCCCCAGAACCAGCUGACACAGCGCUUUUACGCCGGCAACAAGAAAAUGGUCAAGUAUCUGAGCCAGAGCGAGGCCAUCAAUGUGGACCAGGAGCUCUUCACGACCUACAAAUUCAGCGUGGACCAGCUAAUGGAGCUGGCCGGCCUGAGCUGUGCCCAUGCGGUGGCCAAGUGCUUUCCCCCGGAGAGCCAUUCGCGGGUCCUCGUCUGUUGUGGUCCGGGGAAUAAUGGAGGCGACGGCCUGGUCUGUGCCCGCCACCUCUCCCUGAUGGGUUAUACACCUGUUAUCUACUACCCAAAGCCAACGCCGAAGCCCUUGUACGAGGCCUUGAGUCACCAGUGCCAAAUGAUGGAGAUCUGUGCGGUUAAUGAGUGUCCUAGCGUUGAGGAGGCCGCCGGCCAGUACGAUCUCAUUGUGGAUGCUCUGUUUGGGUUUAGCUUCAAGCCACCCGUUCGGGCUGACUUUGUGGCCGUUGUGGAGUUAAUGCAGCAGACGAAGCUUCCAAUAGCCAGCGUGGACAUACCCAGCGGCUGGGACGUGGAGAAGGGCCGCGUGGGUGAGUGCGACCUGGAGCCGGCUCUGCUCAUUUCUUUAACUGCUCCCAAGCUCUGUGCCCGUCACUUCCGGGGGGAGCAUCACUACCUGGGCGGUAGAUUUGUGCCGCCAGCUUUGCAGCGGAAAUACGAACUGAAUCUGCCCGUCUACCCCGGCAACGAACUGUGCGUCAAACUGUGAUUCACUGGGAAUAAAACGAUAACUUUUUUUCUCUUUUA